CUGGAGAAGAUCCUGAAAAAUAUAUUAGAAAUUUUAGGCAAUAUUGUAAAGUAUUUGAACUUGAUCCACUUGCAGAUGCUCGAACCAAAGUAAGAACUCAUGGAUUUUUUGAGACUUGUUUGAAAGUUAUUAAUGGAUUAGCUAAUAAUAAUGCAUUACGUAAUAUCAAUGCUAAUCAGUUUAAAGGUGGAGCUCUUCAAAUAAGAAAUACAGUUCCAGCUAAUAACAAUGCAAUUGCUAUACCAUUAGUGCCAGCACAUACUGAGGUAAUACUAUUUUCCCUGAUAUUCGUAUUGGAUAAGUAA